AUGAAGCGAAGCAGGGACGUCAAUACCAAUAGUAGCAGCAGCAGAAACGCGAACAGAACCAAAAGCACCAUCGCCAGCGACAACAUCAACGACAGCAAUCGUAGUACCCCUAAUGACAACAGCGGCAUCAGCAGCAGCUUACCUAACAGCUACGUCUUCAGCAGAGGGCCCGACAGUUCCAAUAGCAGCAACGGCAGUGCCAUCGCCAGCGAUAACAUCAAUAACAGCGACGACAGCAACCCUAACGGAAAUAGCAGUAGAGACAUCACCAAUAACAUCCCCAACAAUAAUGACAGUGCCUCCAUCAAUAGCGAUAGCCAUAAUAACGACAACGGCACUUUACCAACAUCGGCAUUGGCGGUACCAACACCAUCUCCACCUCCAAUAACACUAACACCAACAGCGCCAGCACCAACACCACCAACACCAGCAACGCCAGCACUAACAGCGCCAGUCCCGGCAACAACGACGGCACCGAUGCCAACACCAACAGAUACACCACCGCCCACACCCGACCAAGGAGACACAUCAGCUGUUCCGGGAAUUCGUUCGAACAAUGCCUCUACAACCACAGAUUCUCCUUAA